AUGGAUGUCCCUAUCAAAGAAGAGGCGCCCUCGGCAGCAGAAGCGAAUCCCCGUGACAUCGUCACCACACCUCCCGGCAAAUAUCUUCCCUUUGCCUGGGACAGCUGUUCCAAGGACCCGCUACGGUCUCGUAUAUCUAUUAAGCAACAAGCUGUCGAGGAUGCCUUUCACCAUGCAAAGUUCAUUUGUCACUCAAUUGUAUCAGCAUUGAAAGACGAGAAGCCAGAGACAUUCAAGGAGCUGUUUGAUCAAGAGAUAGUUGCUUGGAUGGACGAGAUUUGUCAACUCGAAGAAGCGCACAUGAACUUUGAAGUGUUGGUGGGCGUUGCAGGCGUCACAGGUGCUGGCAAGAGCACAGUUCUGAACAUGCUUCUAGGCAUUCCGGAGCUUUUACCUUCUAGCAACUCGGAAGCUUCGACAUCUUCAGCUUGUCGAGUCUCCUGGAACCACAACGAUGACCCUGAGCACGAGUUCACUGCCGUAGUGGCCUUCCGCGAGCAAGAGGAUGUCAGACGAGAGCUCGAAAUGAUAUACGAAGCGCUUGCUGAGUGUCACAGGAUAAAGGAAACUUCCGCAGAUGAUGAAGAAGAGUUGUUCCAGCAAGAAGCGGAAAACGAGAAGACCAUUGAAGAGGGACUGCAGAAGAUUCUGGCUGUUUGGGGCAAGGAAAGAGAAGAAGUGGAAGAACUUUCAGCAGAAGACCUUCUCGCAUCCAAUGAGGAUGUCCUGUCCGUUCUCGGUACCAGCAAGCACUUUCAUGCUGCCGACAAGGAAAAAUUUUCCGAGGAGAUCAAGCCAUACCUUGAUUCAUCAGCAACGACUGAGGGCUACCAAACAUGGCCUUUGGUUAAGGAAGCCAGAAUUUUCGUCAAAGCUGAUAUCCUCAGACACGGAAUUGCAUUGGUCGAUCUUCCAGGACUGUGUGAUGCCGUCGAGAGUCGUGCCCAGGCUGCUGAACGUUACAACCAGCAGAUCGACACAACUAUAAUCGUGACACCAUCAGUUCGGGCAAUUAACGAGAAAACAGGCUUUCAACUGAUGAGCAAGUAUCAGGCCCUUAGAAUGAAGCUCGACGGCAAGCUUCAGAAGAACAGAUCUUGCAUUGUGGCUUCGCAGAUGGACAAUAUCGACUGUGAUAUAUUCAGCGGAAACUCUCCAGAAGCGAAAAAUAAGGCAAGUUUGAAGGAGGACCUGGAGAGUAUCAAAUCACUGUCAAAAAGAAUUGGGCAUCUUGAUCAGCGCAUCAAAGACACCCGGAAGAAGGUCGUUGAAUACAGGAACAGGAAGCAGAAAGCGAUCAUUGAUCGAGAUGCAUUGAAGCCCACUGGGGUAGACAAGAGGUACCAGGAGAAAAUGAAGACGGCAAGAAACAGGGUGAACAACACGACGAGACUGGUUCCGGUACAUGCGGCUUUGUCUUUGCGCGCAUGCAAGGGCCGGGCUAAAUGGACAUGCAUGUCCAUGAGGCACAGUCAAAUUGAGAAACGGCUCACGGAAAACCUUGAGAGACAGUGGAAGGAGAUGGAGGGAACUAGCCAGCAGCUUAGUUCAAGCGAACGCCUUACCGACAUCUUUUCUGUCUCGGCUACCGCAUACCGAGACCUCCUCAAGGGAAGAAAGGUGACCGGGUUUCCCACCGAAUCGUACACCGGCAUACCUCAGCUUAGUCAAUGGCUAUGCGACUCCGUGAUGGAGAAGAGGGAAGUUCAUCUGGACAGUCUCCUCAACGCACUUCGCCGCCUCGCGCAUGGCAUCCAAAGAUGGUCAAAUGUCAACGCAGAGGAACUUCACUUGUGGUCAGAAAAGAUCAAGUCAUUCGAUCCUUUUACUCAAAUCCAUCAAACCCAAGAGAUCUGUAAGAGAGAAGCGGGAAGAGUUGCCACUAGAUGGGCAGCCAGAUACCCGAACGACAUGACUUCUUCGGUCUUUAUGGCCUGGACUACCUUCAACGCAAUUCUCAAACGAGGCGGAGGUCCUUACAAGUUUAGAAGUAAGAUCGGGGACAGCCAAGAAUACAACUUUCCCGAGGCUUUAAUCGUACCCAUCCUUGAGAAAGUAGUCCUGAAAACUUGGCACAACGUGUUCCAGGUUAAGAUCCCAGCGGCUGAGAAGCGUAUCAUGCCUCGAGUUGAUGCAAUCUGGGAUCAGUACGUGGAGGAGCCCGUAUGUCAAAUCCAAGAAACUGCACCCCAACUUAUUCCUCACGUCUUGGAAUGCAUCCCGAUCGUGCGCGGCGUCAAAGACGAGAUAUGUGACAAGGUUCACGAAACACUCACAAAGCUUUCGAAAUGCUCUGCUGAGAUUCACCCUGAGUUUCGAACCACAAUGGAAGAAAAACUCAAGCCUAUGUUCGACAAAUGUCUAGAAAUCAAAGGCAAGGGACAUUACCAAGCUCGCCGCAAGUAUUUGCAAGACAACGUCAAGGCCAAGAACACGAGAAUGUUCAGCGAUGGGUUCAAAAAGAUGAAAAGACGAUAUGAAACCCAUCUGGCCAAGGUUCCCCAGGAAUUCUCGGCAAUCGCCCAGUUCGCCGUGACAAAGACGGUCAACGAGAAACAGCAAAAGCUGUCAGACAGCGCCACCAUGUUUCGGGAGAAAGUCGGACAGACCGCGAUGCAAUGGGUGGCCGAGUGGAGGGUUCCGAGGUACGAGGCCUCUUCGGCACGCCCCCAUAGUCUCUUGCUGCCCAGAAGGUAUGUCGAGCCUGAACCGGAGGAGCUGGAUGAGGAGGGAAACGCGGUGGAGAGCAGAGAUAAAGCGGAAGAUGACGGCGAUUUUGCGAUGGAGGAGGAUUCUGAGUGA